UUGAUGUUUAAUAGGCUUUUCGUUAAUCCCUCCUUAUUAUCCAACACUUUUAUUUUUCAGUAAUUGGUUUGGGGGGGGGGGUUGCCAAAAUUCUGUUUGCCUACACUUGAAAAAUACCUAGGGCCGGCUCUGCUCACCAAUCCUUGUUUCCACAACAAGCCAAAAUCCAAUUAUCACAGGGAUGAAAUUUUCUGAACAGGGUCACAGAACAAACACCACAAGGGUCAUAACCUCAUGGGGACUGCCUGUUUUUAUAUUAGAAGCAACAACAAUCAACUCACACUCUGGCUAUAUGUUGUGUAACUCUUCUUCAAAGCUAACUCCUCCUACAUUCCCACAGCCACUUUCUAAAGCUAUCAAGGGCAUUUGUUGCCUAUUCCCCAAUUCCAUCUGCAUUUUGCAAGAGAGCUGGCAGGACUGAGAAGAGAGCAGCACCAGAAGGGAAAAGUAAGCAUGGUACGAAGAGUUGCCAUCAUUGGAGCGGGAGUGAGUGGACUGGCCUCCAUCAAAAGCUGCCUGGAAGAAGGACUGGAGCCAACCUGCUUUGAGAAGAGUGAUGAUAUUGGGGGACUAUGGCGAUUCACAGAGACUCCAGAGGAAGGCAGAGCCAGCAUUUACCCCUCAGUAUUCACCAACUCAUGCAAAGAAAUGACAUGCUACCCAGACUUCCCUUUCCCAGAGAAUUUUCCAAAUUAUAUGCACAACUCAAAGCUUCAGGAAUAUAUCCAGAUGUUUGCCAAGCACUUUGAUCUUUUAAAAUACAUACAAUUUAAGACUCUUGUGAGCAAAAUUAAGAAGCGCCCAGAUUUCCCUGUAACUGGGCAAUGGGAUGUCAUAACAGAGAAAGAUGGAAAGAUGGAAACAGCCAUAUUUGAUGCUGUUAUGAUUUGCUCUGGACAUCAUGUUUCUCCAAAUAUACCAGUUGACAGCUUCCCUGGCUUAGAUAAAUUUAGGGGUAGUUUCAUCCACAGCCGAGAUUACAAAGGACCUGAAAAGUUCAAGGGGAAGAAGGUUCUGGUGAUUGGCCUUGGAAACUCCGGCUGUGACAUUGCUGUGGAGCUCAGUAACAUUGCUGCACAGGUGUUCAUCAGCUCUAGAAGUGGAUCUUGGAUAAUGCGUCGUGUUUGGGACGAAGGCUAUCCCUGGGAUAUGUUGGUUUUAACUCGCUUUGAAACAUUCCUCAGAAAUGCCCUCCCGACGGCUAUUUCUGACUGGUUGUAUGUGAAGCAAAUGAACAGAUGGUUCAGACAUGAAAAUUAUGGACUAAUACCAUUGAACAGAACUCUACGUAAGGAGCCAGUCUUCAACGAUGACCUGCCAAGUCGCAUUAUAUGUGGGACUGUUGUAGUGAAGCCCAAUGUGAAAAAGUUUACAGAAACUUCUGCAAUAUUUCAGGAUGGGUCUGUGCAGGAAGGUCUUGACUACAUCAUUUUUGCCACAGGCUACACCUAUUACUACCCUUUCAUGGAUGAUAACUCCAUAAUCAAGAGCAGCAACAAUGAAGUUACUCUGUACAAAAGCAUCCUUCCCCCUAGGCUGGAAAAACCCACCUUGGCAGUAAUUGGUUUAGUCCAGUCCCUUGGAGCAACUAUCCCAACCGCUGAUCUUCAGGCUCGCUGGUCCACGAGAGUAUUCAAGGGAUUAUGUAAACUGCCCUCAGUCAGCAGUAUGAUGGAUGACAUAAAUGAAAAAAUGGGGAAGAAGCUAAAGUGGUUUGGACAAAGCGAUACCAUACAAACAGAUUACAUUGUCUACAUGGAUGAACUUGCCUCCGACAUAGGUGCCAAGCCCAACAUUCUGCGCCUGUUUCUGACAGCUCCUAAACUGGCCCUGAAAGUUUAUUUUGGCCCUUGCACCCCAUACCAGUUUCGUUUAUUAGGGCCAGGGAAGUGGAGUGGAGCCAAAGAUGCCAUCCUUACACAGUGGGACCGAACACUGAAGACCACAAGGACCCGCGUUGUUCAGAACACUGAGAAGUCUCCCCCACUCCAGUUUUUGCUCAAAAUGUUUGUCCUCCCACUACUUCUCAUUGUUUUUUGGGUGAUUUUUAAUUGAGUGGUCAUAAAAUAUACACUGAAAUGAAUGUGUAGGAAUCAGCUAAACAAGGGAUAGACAGAAAAGAUUAGACUGUAGCUCUUAUCAACCCUAGUCACCAUAAAUAAUGGUAAACAAUGCAGAGACCAGUGCAUUUUCCCCAACAGUUAAGUAAACAAAAUUACUUUAAAGAAACCUAACAAGCAAACAUGGGGCUUGAUCUAUAUUAGCCCCAACAUGGACAGGGUGGAAGGAUUAAACUUCCCCCACAGGCUUUUUCUCCUGCCAAUUUUCUUUAAAAAAGAAAAAGGUUCACAGAUUACUUAUCUGUACACGGUAGGGCUUUUAUGUGUAUUUUGCAAGGCAGCUACUGACUGAAGUAAACCCAUUGAUUCAAUGAAAUGUAAUGACAUACCGAUGCACUAUUGAGUACCUGAUGUAUUCCAGUUGGGACUAACCAACAGAAUACCGGCCAAUUAAUUUAACAUAGUAAGAAUUUCCAAACUAUAUGUGAUGCCAUGUUGUUUAAAUAAGAAAAAGGAUCAGCUUUAAAGUGAAAUAAAGUUGGGAAAGAUAUAGAGUCCAUGUUUUUAUAUAAUGCUAAAUCAUAAUUUAGCACCUCAUGCAAAAAAAAAGAAAGUCCUGCAAACUGCUGUCCCUGUUCCUUUCAUCUGACUUGGAGAUUUAAGCCAAAAUUCAAUUUCUCUUUAACAGUGUCCUAACUGGUCUUUACAUGCAAACCAGAUAUUAUGAAAUAAGUAAUAAAUAAAAUAAUAUCUAAUUUGUUCAAUGAGCCAAAUCAGCAUAAGUAUAGUUACUGGCAUAUUCAACUUACUGUAUUCACUCAAGUAUAAUGUGACAUUGAAUGUAAUGCAGACCUCAGUUUUGAAGGUGCACAUUGCUAAAAAUGGAUUUGCUCUUGAAUGUAAUGUGCCCAACAGCAUAGGUAAAGCAUGUCAGGGAGUCAGGCAGCAUGAAUGAGGCUAUUUGGGAAGCCAUGCCACUUUGUCAGGCUGAGGUUGGUGAACUUGCCAGCUUUGCACAAUUUCCAACUGGCCUUUAAAACUGGGGCCCAGUUGGGAACUUCAUGGGACUGAGCUACAUUGGGGGCAGAGACUGUAAUUUAGUCAAAAAGGGUGAGUAUGAGACCUGAGUAUAUAUGGUAUUUUAAGCCAUGACUCCUGACACAUAACAAGCAUGUAUGUGCAGAGAAAAACAAACAUAGAUCCAUGAUUGAGAGUGCUUACAGAUGGAUAUGUUUAGCCCUACCAAUUAAAAAUGGUCUGUAACUUUUCUUCACCCCCCCCCCUUUUUUUUUCAUUUACUGACUUUUUGAGGAAAUAUACGGUAAGCAGUGGGGAAACACCUUUAUAUGUAGAUGCUGAAAUCUGGAAAAACACCUUGGGACAGAAUAAUAGCACCAUUAAAGACUCUUCUAGAAGCUGUGUAAGAUCUGAUUCACAUCACAGUUUGAACAUCUUUCACUGCAUGUUAAAAGUCCUGACAUUUCAGGCAAAAUGCAUUAACUCCAGUGUCAAGCUCCCAAAGGAUCAAAUGAGACAUAGAUGAGCUCAAGACAAAAUCAGAGUCAUUUAUUAUUCACCUUGGCCAAUGUGGAUGUCAGUGGAGUCUGCAUUCCUAAGUGUAAACAUACAAAAAUAUUUGUAGCAUUCUUAUUGCCAUUUAAAACAAAGGACUACUGCUGCCCUGAGUGUUGGUUAGUUCAAGAAAUGGCAGAUUAGGAUCUGCAGGCUGGUUAGCUGAGAUGUGCUGUCUGUUGUUGCUGCCCAUUGGUCUUUGGGUUUCAAGAAAAAGAAAUAAAAUGUCAUUGAUAUA